ACUGUAUUCUUCCUCACCACCCUAUAUAAUAUUCGUUCUCAUUUCUAUUAAAACCCUAGAAAUCCUACCCUUAAACCCUACCUGAAACUUACCCCCCUCCCCCCUAACCGAAAGCCGCCAUGACUGACGUUGAGCUCUCUCGCUCAGAGAAGAAGAAAAAGAAAUCAAAGUCUGGCAAAAAUGAAGACGAAACCCAAACACUAUCCACCCCAAUUGAUGGUGAUUUUCUCAUCAAACCUCAAAGCUACACCCCCACCAUUGACACUUCAGAAUGGCCGAUUCUCUUGAAAAACUACGAUCGUCUCAAUGUCAGAACGGGUCACUACACUCCUCUCCCGUCUGGGUAUUCUCCAUUGAAGCGUCCGCUUGCUGAGUAUAUAAGGUAUGGUAUUCUUAAUCUUGAUAAACCUGCUAAUCCAUCUUCACAUGAAGUUGUAGCUUGGAUUAAGAGGAUCCUUCGGGUCGAGAAAACGGGUCAUAGUGGUACUUUGGAUCCUAAAGUUACUGGGAAUUUGAUUGUUUGUAUUGAUAGAGCGACCCGUUUGGUUAAGUCCCAACAGGGUGCGGGUAAGGAGUAUGUGUGUGUAGCUAGGUUGCAUUCUGAUGUACCUGAUGUUGCUAAGGUUGCUAGAGCACUUGAAGCUCUUACUGGGGCUGUUUUUCAAAGACCCCCGUUGAUUUCUGCUGUGAAAAGGCAACUUAGGAUUAGGACUAUUUAUGAAAGUAAGUUGCUUGAGUAUGAUGCUGAUAGGCAUUUGGUUGUUUUUUGGAUAUCGUGUGAGGCGGGUACUUAUGUUAGGACAUUGUGUGUUCAUCUUGGGUUGCUUUUGGGUGUGGGUGGACAUAUGCAGGAGCUUAGGAGAGUAAGGUCUGGGAUUUUAGGUGAGAAGAAUAAUAUGGUGACAAUGCAUGAUGUGAUGGAUGCACAAUGGAUGUAUGAUAACUAUAGGGAUGAGACUUACUUGAGGAGGGUCAUUAUGCCGUUGGAGGUAGUUUUGACUAGUUAUAAGAGGUUGGUGGUUAAGGAUUCGGCAGUUAAUGCUAUUUGCUAUGGUGCAAAGUUGAUGAUUCCUGGGCUUCUAAGGUUUGAGAAUGAUAUUGAGGUUGGAGAGGAGGUUGUGUUGAUGACUACUAAGGGGGAGGCCAUCGCGUUGGGGAUUGCAGAGAUGACCACGGCUGUUAUGGGAACUUGUGAUCAUGGUGUGGUUGCAAAGAUUAAGAGAGUGGUGAUGGAUAGGGAUACUUAUCCUAGGAAAUGGGGCUUAGGACCAAGGGCUUCAAUGAAGAAGAAGUUGGUUGCUGAGGGUAAGUUGGAUAAACAUGGUAAGCCAAAUGAUAAAACUCCAGCUGAGUGGUCGAGAAAUGUUGUUUUAUCCACCAAAGAGGAUACUAUGGUAGCUGGUCUUGCUGCUGCUGCUGAUGGUGAGAUUGAGAAGAAAAAGAAGAAACAUAAGGAAGAUGAUGAGGAGGCCAACAAGAGAAAAUUGGAUGAUUUAGAUGUAUCCCCUGCACCCAGUGCUUUAAAGAAACCAAAGGUAGAGUUAGUCGAGGAAGCUGUAGAGAAGUCUGAACUGAAAAAAGAAAAGAAGAAGAAAAAGAAGAAAGAAGCUGAUGAAGCUGGAUCCCCUGAUGUAGAGUCCUUGAAAAAGGAAAAGAAAAAGAAGGACAAAGAGAAUAAUGAUGCUGCAUCCUCAGAUGAGGAGAAGUCCGAGAAGAAGAAAAAGAAGAAGAAGAAAGAUAAAGAAUCAGAGAAUGGUGAUGUUGGAAGUGACGAUGAAGGAAGUAAAAGCAAGAAGAAGGAGAAGAAGAAAAAGAAGAAUAAAGAUGCACAAGAGGAGUAGAGGUGAAGGUCUUCGCCUCAAAUGAGUGCUCCUAUGUAUGUUAAAAUGCAUGUCAUGUAGUUGUUCAAAAUUUUGCCGGUUUAUUCACUUGUUUUGGCAGGAGUUUGUUGCAGCUGAAGUUCCUGAUCAUAGACGUGCUUAUUAGUUAAUUAGUUCUACCUUUUUAUUUGUUAAGACUUGAGUAUUUCAAUCCAUAAGGCUGUUUUCAAUCUUAAUUUUGAGAUGUUUUCUGUU